AUGGCCGGGACGAGGAAUUACGAUUUUUUGAUUAAACUCCUGUUGAUAGGCGACUCUGGUGUGGGAAAAUCAUGCUGUCUCUUGCGUUUCAGCGAGGAUAGUUUCACGCCUUCGUUCAUCACUACUAUUGGAAUUGAUUUCAAGAUUCGUACAAUUGAGCUGGAUGGCAAGAGGGUGAAGUUGCAGAUUUGGGAUACGGCGGGUCAGGAAAGGUUUAGGACGAUUACCACGGCGUAUUAUAGGGGGGCUAUGGGAAUUUUGCUCGUUUAUGAUGUUACGGAUGAGAGGUCUUUUACUAAUAUCCGCACCUGGUUUAGCAACGUUGAACAACAUGCCACCGAAGGCGUAAACAAGAUCCUCAUCGGCAACAAGUGCGAUUGGGAAGACAAACGUGUUGUAUCGACCGAACGCGGCCAACAAUUAGCUGAUGAGCUUGGCAUUCCUUUCCUUGAGGUCUCUGCCAAGAGCAACAUUAAUGUGGAGAAAGCAUUCUACAGUUUGGCAGCGGAUAUCAAGAAGAGAAUCGUGGAUACGAGUAAAAUAGAUCAGGCGGCGCAGCAAGGUGUAGAUAGAGGAGAGGAAAUGAGAGGAUUGAUAUGUGCAUGGACUGAACUGGACGACGCAUGGUGCAAGAAAAGGCAAGGCAAGGCAAGGCAAGACAAGGCAAGACAAGACAAUGGUGGUGGUGCUUUACGUCUACCAUGCUUGUUUAUUUGUUUAGGAGAGCAGUUUAUGGUAGCUGGAGUUGGGUGA